UUACUGAUAGUUCAGUGGAGAGCCGGCUAUUGAAUGCCACGCGCCAGUCGACCCGCGCUUUCGAUCGAAAAAUAUCCGAACACAAAAAAUAUAUUCCGGGUGUCCCUCAGGGGUGCAUAUUAGGUUCAGUGAAUUUCAAUUUGGACGCGAAUUAUAAUUGUGAGUUCCGUGAUUAAAGUGAAUUGUUUCGUGGUCCAUAUGCAGAUGCUGCAUAGCACGAUAUCCACAAAGUGAUGUCCACACACUCAGUGAUAAGUGGAAAGUGUGAUAAAAUCAGUGUUCAUGUGUGAAAAGGUGAUGAGUGAGAAAAUGACGAACAUUACGCCUGAGACCAGAAUCAUGAUGAUGAGAUCUGAUGACAGCAGGAAGGGAUAUAGACGCCAGGUCCUCGCAGCGCUAGCAGUGUCCCUAGGGCCCUUCGCUGCCGGUCUGAGCAAGGGCUACCUCUCACCAGCGAUCGCGUCGAUGCAGGAGUCCAAGAUGCAUGACUCCUUCACGGUGACAGACCAGCAGGCGAGCUGGAUUGCUAGCUUGAGCUUAUUAGGUGCUCUAAUCGGUUGCAUAUUUGGCGGUAUGGCGAUGCGUCUCGGCAGGCGUCGGGUUCUGCUCGCCAUAGCUCUACCACAUACCGUGGCGUGGCUCGCCACCGCGCUGUCUACGAGCGUCGACAUGGUCUCCAUCACGUCGUUCUGUGGUGGCAUGAUCGUCUGCUGCAUUACCAUGAUUACGCAGGUAUACAUAACAGAAAUAGCCGUACCGGAAAUCCGAGGCUGCCUCAGCUCAGUACUAAAAAUCCUGAGCCAGAUCGGCAUCCUCAUAUCAUUCUCCCUUGGAGCCUAUCUGAACUGGCACCAGUUGGCUUUAGUCGUAGCUGCAGCACCAGUACUUCUCUUCGUGGCUCUUCUGUUUGUUCCUGAAACACCAUCAUCUCUCCUCCUACGGGGUAAAGAAGAACAGGCCGCAGAAUCUUUACAAUGGCUGCGAGGCCCUGACGCAGACAUACGUCAGGAAUUAGCCACAAUCAGAACCAACAUCUUGGCAAGCAAACAGUUCAAUGAUGGGAAAGCAGGCAAGCUCAAAGUGCUUCUGUCCAAACGGCUAACCAGGCCAGUGCUGAUAACAUGUGGUUUGAUGUUCUUUCAAAGGUUCACAGGCGCACAUGUGUUCAACUUCUACGCAGUUCCAAUGUUUAAAAAGACGUUCAGAAUGAUGAAUCCGCACGGAGGAGCUAUUGCGACUAGUGUGGUUCAGCUCUUAGCAUCUUGCCUGUCUGGUAUGUUGAUUGACAACGUUGGCAGAUUGCCUUUAUUGAUGAUCAGUGGUGUAAUGAUGUCUAUUGCUUUGGCCGGCUUUGGAUCGUACGCGUAUUACGAAGAUGUCUUCAGAAAUUCAACAGAUCUGACGCAUGUAGAGCCUGGUUCUUACGACUGGAUACCGUUGCUCUGCGUACUGACGUUCACAAUUGCUUUCUCAUUGGGGAUCAGUCCUAUAUCUUCCUUACUUAUUGGAGAACUAUUCCCCUUGGAAUACAGAAGCACUGGAAGCGCACUGGCCACAAGUUUCAGUCAUCUGUGCGGUUUUGUGAAUGUUAAAACAGCUGCAGAUUUCCAGGACCAUAUCGGAUUGUAUGGUCUUUUCUGGUUAUACGCAGGUAUAUCAGUGUUAUGCCUUCUUUUCGUAGUCCUCUUCGUGCCUGAAACGAAAGGUCGUGAAAUCGACGAAAUGGACCCAAAAUACGUCGAAUCCUUGUGUAUUAAUCGAUAGUAUUAAACGUAAUAGUAUUUGAAAUAGACUGAUACUUGUAAAUAGUUACACAGGAGCCUUCAACCAGUAUUAUAGUUAGUUUUAAGUUUUCUGUUGCCUCAUGUGCCUUAUCGAGUUCCUUCCAAAUGCAUCACAGUGUUCAUUUAGUUUGCUAUCUGAUGAAGGAGGAAGUUUUGGAAUUGCUUUUGUUGAGAAAAGGGAAGAAAGUUAAUGUUGAAAUGUUUUGUUGAACGUUAAUUCAAUUGUUAUUGUAAAGUAUUAUAUUAUAUAAUGAGCAUGUAGCUUUUAUGAAAUAUAAGAUGUAAUAAGUUGGUUGUUAUAAUGAGAUCGGUGGUCGUAGCAGUUUGAGAGGUAUUCGAUUUCAUAUAAAUGUACAUUUAACUGUGAAAGAAUAAUUAUCAAACUGUAUUACUUUUCAGACUCUCUCAUAUAAUUGAAUCGCCUUCGUUAGAUAGUAUACGUGUCAGUGAGUUCCGUAGAAUAGUUUUAUAUUUUUUUUAUAAAUCGACUGUAGUAUCGAAACACAAAAAUCUUAAUUCAUUGCAAAUGUAUAUUAAAUAUAAUUAUAUUUUAAUAUAUAUUUAUUCAUGAGAUUUUUUCUAUGAUUAUAUUAUAAAGCACUUCAACUUAGUCAUGCAGUUGAAAACAGUAGAAAUGAAUAUAUUUAAUUAGUUCAAUUAAGAUAAAUUGUUGUUAAUUGUAAAUAAAAUAGAUUAAGCAUCAUUCGUAUUGCCAAAUAGAUCCGAAUUUUCAUUUGUAAAUAGAUUUAGAUAAUUUUGAGAGAUUUUCAGAUAAUAUGACGAUAUAUACCGCUUAAAAAAAUAAAAAUGCGUGUAUAUAAAUUAAUAGAGUAGACAAUAAAUAUUUAUACAAUUUAUAAUAAGUAAAAUGUUUAUUAUCAUCCAGUGAUUUAACAGAUGUUCGAUAUUUAUUAUAAAAAUACGAAAUUUAUGUAAAAUUCAAACAAUUUAUAUAGAUGACCACCAGCGUGGGGCUUCAGAUUUUUAGAGACAAAGUCUCGAUAUUCUUUAUAUAAAAAUGCCUUAAAUAAAAUAUAUUUCCAUUUUGAAGUUAAUUACAGUGUUUUUAUAGAGUUUUGUACAAAUUGUAUUUACGUACAUAACAUUAAAAGAUUUAUAUUAUAUUAUAUUGAAUAUUUUAUGAAAUUUGUAAUCACAUUGCCUUCUUCGAAAUUAUAGACUAUCGUUGAUAUGUCUAGGUGCUAUACGGUGCCUAAAUUCCAGAUAUUAUUUAUAAACUUGUGUUGUAGAUUGUAUAUAGUAUAAGCGAGUGUUGUCAGGUGUACACAAUGUAUUUUUAUGUACUUAAUGAUGUAGGUGUUUUAAUAAAA